AUGUCCACUUCUUCCUUCAUCUCGCAUACGACGGAGGCCGAUGGUGCCAUUCACAUCAUCACCCUGAAUCGCCCUGAAGCUCAGAAUGCCUUGACCAUGGACAUGCUGAACGACAUAGCCUCCGUGUUUCUCAGCCUUCGAAGCGACAGCAAGGUUCGAGCUGUCAUACUCACAGGCUCCGGCCAGAAGGCUUUCUCUGCAGGCAUUGAUCUGAUGAAGGCAGAUGGGAUCUUCACCGGCUACUUUCCGACCCCGAAGGAACAGGAUCCGCGAGUUCAGAUCGAGACCUUUCCCUGGCCAGUGAUCUGCGCCGUGAAUGGCUUUGCGAUAACAGGAGGUUUUGAACUGGCACUGGCUUGCGACAUCCUGAUAGCAAGUGAAAAUGCAAGCUUUGCAGAUACCCACGCCAAAUUCGGCAUUGCUCCAGCCUGGGGCUUGAGCCAGAAGCUGACGCGAGUCAUGGGGCCCAGCAGAGCUAAAGAGCUGCACUUCACUGGUCGGUUCCUCAAAGCCCAGGAGGCCGUUUCCUGGGGACUGGUGAACUCUGUAGUUCCCGCAGACAAGCUGAUGCCGCACUGCCUGGCCCUAGCAACCGAGAUGACGAAGAUGAACCCCAACAUGCUUCAGAUGCUGAAGCGGACCAUCGAUGAUGGGUAUGGCAUGAGCUUCAAAGAUGGUUGUGCAAACGAGCAAGAAGUGGCCUUCAAGUAUUACAAAGCCAUGGGAAAAGAGCUCUUUGAUAGGAUGAAGAAGUUCAUCAUGUCCAGAAGCAAAGAGGGGCAAUCAAAGCUUUAA